ACGCACAGGUAGCGUACCUCCCAGACCCUCGUACACAUUACAAUGGAUGCCAACACAGAUAGGAUUGAGACCAUCUUGUCUAAUUACUGGCCAUCAUGUGGCUUCACACUGUGGGAAGUGGCCGGACAAUGAGUCUGGCGGCUGUGGCCACUCACUGCUGUCCUGUAAUUACUGCUUCCACUCAGCGCCGGCACCACACAGAACAGGAGGCCCGCGUGUUGCAGCAGUGGACAAUAUGUACGUGACAAGGGACAGUGAUAUAGGGCAGUGAAUGUCGUCGCACGGUGCACCACACAAAAACAAGGAGUGACCGGUGCCCGACCAUGUCGCUGCUGACGCGGACCAAAGGCUACUUUGUGGUCAUCUGCCUACUGAUGUGCGGCUUCCUGCUGACGUUCUCCUGGCGACUACUUUACAACACUUACGACUCCUCCGGACUCAAGCCGUACGCCUCCAAAACGCCACUACGACGAUUCAAAGAAAUUGCUCAAAAUCUGACCAGGUCAAGACCAGUUGUGAAGGUGGGCCCAGUGGUCACAUUGGACGUCAUGGACAAAGGUCAGAAUGGAAGUAAGCCCUUCACAAAAGAUGAAAUCGGAAGUAUUUUGUCGAAAAUUCAUGAACUUGGAUUGUCGGCUUCAGAAGUCCAGGAGAAGCUGUUGUCAUGGCAACAUCAUCGCGGUUCCUUCAGAAACAGUUCAGAGUUGAGGGUAUUGGCAAAGUCCCCGGAAGUUAAAAUGUUAGAAAGGAAGAGUGAAAGGACACUGGUUGGUGUGAGAGAAUCGGAAAUUGAGCGGGCAUCGGAGAGAGAGAGGGCAUCGGAGAGACAGCAAGCAUCAGAGAGAGAACAGACUUCGGAAAGAGAAAGGGCAUCAGAGAGACAGCAAGCAUCAGAGAGAGAAACUUCAAGAGGGUAUGGGGCUGCUCCUCUGUCUCCUGGCAAAGACACGGGCAGAAAUGAAAUCACCAAAUAUGUUCAUGUCUCACACGACAAUCCGCAUUCCACGCCGUUACUAGCCUCGUCUGCAGGUCACGUUGACUUGCCAACACAGGGAAGAAGUAGACCCAGUGAGAGCCUCAAGGAUAAUACUGACAGACAUCGUAUACGAAAUAAUUUAGAGGUCAAAGGUCGAACUGAUGACAAGGUCAAGGUUGCCCGUGAAGAAAAUCAAAAUUUAAUUUCCGAGUCAAGAAUUUCGGGGGGUGAUCAACAAACAGCACCUGGUAACAAAACAGAUCAGAAAUGGAAACAAAGAGAAAAAUAUUUGCUAUUUCUUAAAGAAAGAUUUGAAAUGAGUAAAUCUAAAACUGCAAAUUUAACAAGUAAUAAAGAACAGACGUCCGAAUUUAAUGCACCCAUCUCAUCACCGCCUACUAAUACAGUGACCCAGAAAGCUACCAAGAGUCGGACAAAAUAUGACCUUUCAUUAUUCGAUGAAAUGAAGCGGAAAUAUCCGACGUUUUCCAUGAACUUCCAAGAUAACGGGGAUUUGGACCCCGAAGUCGACGGGACCCAGAGGCCGGACUACUGUGCUGGAUGUUUCGACUUCAACUUCCCGAUAUUGAUAAACCAAGAGGGAUUAUGCAAAUCAAAUAUUGGCCGCUCACAAAACCUGCAGCUAUUGAUGCUGAUAUCAUCCGCGCCAGGAAACUACCAGGCCCGGACAACGAUACGCCAGACCUGGGGCGCCAGGUGCCGGGAAUCGGAUUCAAUGAAGUGCUUGUUUGUUGUUGGCCGGGCCUCGUCAGCCGAAGACAACAACAAAAUUCUACUUGAAAACGACCACCAUCGAGAUAUAUUACAAAUUGGGUUCAAAGACUCGUACUCGAACCUGACCUACAAAACAGUGUCCUCCCUAAAGUGGGCUUCCAAACACUGCUACAACGCCAACUACAUCAUGAAGACGGACGACGACAUGUACGUUAACACCGAACUCAUCCCUGUCAUGCUGCAAGCAGCGCCCCAGAGGAAGUUCAUGGGGGGGUCGUGCUGGGGAACUUCAAACCCCAACAGGGACACUUCGUCCAAAUGGUUCGUUUCAUUUAAAAGUUUCCAUAAACCUAAGUUCCCGCCGAUGUGUUCAGGAACUGGGUACAUCAUGAGUAUCGAUGUUGUGCGUUCCAUGCUGUUCUCGUCCCGGAACGUUCCGUUUUUUCAUUUGGAGGAUGUGUACGUUGCGCUGUGUCUUCAGAAAUAUGGCAUCCUGCCAAUCAACGUCAUGGGUUUCAGCAACAUGUUCCAAGAGUUCGACGCCUGUCAUUACCGAAACGGUGUGAUGACGUCACACCAGGUUCCCCCGGAACUGCUGGAGGAAUACUGGGCGGCAACGAGGAAGUGCCCCCAGGCGAAUAUCUCCCCAUCUCAACUGUAUAUAAUCAUGCCCUACCCGGAUACAUAGUGUUGCCACAGCAACAGUGUGUGUUUCUAUGGCAAUAACUGUAACCAUGGUGAUGUUGUCGAUACAAUUGUGAUAUGACUGUUGAAGUAUUUGUUAUGCUAUUUGCUUUACUCUGUGUACUCUAUAAGGCUGUAAUGAUACACCCAUGUUAUUAUGAUACACCCAUGUUUGUAUGAUACACCUGCGUUUGUAUGAUCAACUGUGUUGUAUGAUACACCUGUGUUUGUAUGAUACACCCGUGUUUGUAUGAUACACCCAUGUUUGUAUGAUACACCUGUGUUUGUAUGAUACCACCGUGUUUGUAUGAUACACCUGUGUUUGUAUGAUACACCCAUGUUUGUUAUGAUACACCCAUGUUUGUAUGAUACCACCGUGUUUGUAUGAUACACCUGUGUUUGUAUGAUACACCUGUGUUUGUAUGAUACACCCAUGUUUGUAUGACACACCCGUGUUUGUAUGAUACACCCAUGUUUGUAUGAUACACCUGUGUUUGUAUGAUACACCUGUGUUUGUAUGAUACACCUGUGUUUGUAUGAUACACCCAUGUUUGUAUGACACACCCGUGUUUGUAUGAUACACCUGUGUUUGUAAGAUACACCUGUGUUUGUAUGAUACACCCAUGUUUGUAUGAUACACCCAUGUUUGUUAUGAUACACCCAUGUUUGUAUGAUACCACCGUGUUUGUAUGAUACACCUGUGUUUGUAUGAUACACCCAUGUUUGUAUGAUACACCCAUGUUUGUAUGAUACACCUGUGUUUGUAAGAUACACCUGUGUUUGUAUGAUACACCCAUGUUUGUAUGAUACACCCAUGUUUGUUAUGAUACACCCAUGUUUGUAUGAUACCACCGUGUUUGUAUGAUACACCUGUGUUUGUAUGAUACACCUGUGUUUGUAUGAUACACCCAUGUUUGUAUGACACACCCGUGUUUGUAUGAUACACCCAUGUUUGUAUGACACACCUGUGUUUGGAUGAAAGGUCGUUCUGACGUGACCAGUAAUGGGAUGUCCUCAGAUCUUUGUUUAGCGGUAGCGAAAACUAAGAUCUGAUUUUAAUGAGAUUGCAUCCUUAGUAGAGUGCCUCCCGAAACAGCUGAUGCUGAGUGAGGUGCUUCCUGUAUCACAUAUAUCCCCAAUUACCAUAUUGAUCCAAAUGGUGCAUCACUCUAGCCUUUGUGUUUCGUUGGUUAGAACUACCGUAUUCGACGUAAUAAGCGCCCCGCUCUAAUAAGCGCCCACGGCGAUAUUUGUUAAUAUAUUGGCUAGUGAACAAUCCCAAUUAGCACCCCUUCCAAUUGAUCAAUGUACACAAGAC